AUGGGGAAGACGGACUUUCUCAGCCCCAAGGCGAUCGCCAACCGCAUCAAAUCGAAGGGGCUGCAAAAGCUGCGCUGGUAUUGCCAGAUGUGCCAGAAGCAGUGCAGGGACGAGAAUGGCUUUAAAUGUCACUGCAUGUCCGAGUCUCACCAGAGACAGCUACUGCUUGCGUCGGAGAACCCUCAGCAGUUCAUGGAUUGCUUCUCAGAGGAAUUCCGGAACGAUUUCUUAGAACUGCUCCGAAGACGAUUUGGAAGGAAGAGAGUCCACAAUAACAUCGUGUACAAUGAAUACAUAAGCCAUCGGGAACAUAUCCAUAUGAACGUCACAAAGGGGCUUCUGAGGCUUGAAGUAAUCAACAAAUACACAGCGGUUGUCAAGUUGAUUGAUUCCGGAGACAAACUGAAACUCGACCAGACACACCUGGAGACCGUGAUUCCCGCACCAGGCAAAAAGGUACUGGUUUUGAAUGGUGGCUACAGAGGAAACGGAGCUACUUUAGUGUGCAUAAACGAGAAAACGUUUUCGGCAACAAUACUCAUCGAAUCGGGGCCUCUAAAAGGACGCCACGAAGACGUGCCCUAUGAAGACAUCUCCAAACAGGCUUGA